UCUGAUAAUGCAACCAAUAUAAGGAAGUUCAACGCUUAAAGUCAAAACUAAGAACAAAGUGAAGUUGAAAACAUUCAUUCCUCUUGUUUCAAUUAUCAUCCAAUCUUCAUGAAAAUAUUAUCAUGUCGUUCGAGGAAAAAAACAGAAACAUCAACAAUAAUGUUGUUGAAAACAAUCGUAUUUGGAGCCCAAAAGUUCAUACAAAAAUAUACAUUCCUCCAAUUAAAGUCAUGGAUAAGAAAGAAAUAAAAACCACCAAAGAUGUUGCUAUCGAAGUGACUUUAGAAGAUUUAGCUGGUAAUCCUAAUAAGCCGAGUAGCAGUAAUGAUACGAGCGAUACCAACUUACUAUUUCAAAAUGGAUUUAAUAAAUUAUGUCCAGUAGAAUUUAAAGAGGUUUCGUCAGAUUCCAAAUCAUUUAAAAGGCCUUCAGUCAUAACAACAAUACCUGAUUCUGUUAGCCUUUAUUCUUCCAGUUCUCCUAUCAAUCUGUCGCCGCUUAGUCCACAUACUACAGUGUCCGUUCGCUCGUUAGCAUCCAUUGGAAUGGGCUCUACGGACGGACGGAAAUUGACUAUAACUAAAGUACCCACAUCGCCUGCCGAGCUGCUCAACUUGGCUAAUCCUCAAAGGUUUUUUGAAGACGAAGAAGCAAAAAUGACCGAAUGCAGCAGUUGUUCUAGAUCAUUUUCCGGAUCGGAAAUAGACUUUAGAUCAAGAGUAAGAAACCAUUGGUCUAGUAAACUUCAGUUUAUAUUGGCCUGUUUAGGGUGUACAGUUGGUUUAGGAAAUAUGUGGCGAUUUCCUUACAAUUGUUAUAAAAGUGGAGGAGGUAUAUUUUUAGUACCAUACUUCUUUAUAAUGAUUUUUUGUGGAGUUCCUCUUUUAUAUUUGGAACUAGCGAUCGGCCAAUAUACAAAAAGAGGUCCGAUUGGUGCCAUAUCAAAAUUGUGUCCAAUUUUUAAAGGGACUGGUUUAUCUAGUGUCGUCACAUCUUUCUUCAUGUCUACUUACUACAAUGUGAUAAUUGCUUAUACUUUAUAUUAUUUUUUUUCCGCAUUUCGAGAACAACCACCAUGGACGCAUUGUAACAAUCGAUGGAAUACACUAAAUUGUUGGAUGAGUACAAUCAACGGAAACAGAACGCUUAACAGCCAAACUCCAUCAGAAGAGUUUUUCCACCUCAAAGUGUUACAAGUCACGAAAGAUUUACAGACUGUAGGCCACUUACGAUGGGAAUUGGUAGCUUGCAUGUUUACUAUUUGGACCAUAGUGUACUUUACUCUAUGGAAAAGUAUUAAAUCAACUGGCCGUGUGCUUUAUGUGACUGCAACUCUUCCAUUUAUACUACUGUUUGUACUGCUUAUACGAUCUCUUUAUUUGGAUGGAUCAGAAAUAGGUCUUGACUAUUUCUUAUACAAUCUUCAAUGGGAAAGACUUUUAGAUUCCAAAAUAUGGGUUAACGCAGUAGGCCAAAAUUUAAAUUCUAUGGGCAUCGCUUAUGGACUCGUUGUUUCGUUUGCUUCCUACAAUCGUUAUGACAAUAACAUAUUGGUUGACACAUUCACCAUAUCGUUUAUUAAUGGCUUGGCAAGUUUUGCAGUGGGACUUUUUACUUUUGCAACUUUGGGCCAUGUGGCAAAAGAAUAUGGCGAAUCUGUAGAGAACGUUAUAUCAAAUGGACCAGGUAUUGUCUACAUUCUUUUUCCAGAAGUACUUUCAAACAUGCCAUUUUCCACUAUUUGGACGAUGCUUUUAUUUUUUGCAAUGUUGUGUUUAUGUCUCAAUAGUGAGUUUGCAAUUGUUGAAGUAGUAGUAACGUCAAUACAAGAUGGGUUCCCACGAGGAAUUAAAAAAUAUUUAAGCUGUCACGAAGUUUUAGUGUUGGUUGUUUGUCUUGCAUCAUUUUUACUUGGACUUCCAUUUGUCACUCAGGGUGGUAUAUAUUUAUUCGAAAUAAUUGAUUAUUACAUCUCUACUUGGUCAAUGAUUUACGUUGCAUUUUUCGAAGUGAUUGCUGUCUCCUGGAUGUAUGGCUCAAAUAGAUUGUCAAAUGACAUAUUGAGAAUAUCAGGUUCAAAGCCUUUAAUUUUUUUUACCUUCAGUUGGUAUAUUACUACUCCGCUUAUUUUAAUGUUAGUGUGGAUAUUUAGUAUAAUAGACUAUGAGCCACCAACAUAUUUCAAUGGUACACAAAAUUUUCCAAUAUGGGCUCAUCUAGUUGGAUGGUCCAUAGUUCUGAUCUCAUUAGCAUGUAUUCCUGUUAUGUCAGUUUAUACGUUUCUACAUUCCGAAGGACAUACAUUUUAUCAAAAAUUGAAAGAAUCAAUUAAACCUCGAUCAAAUUAUUUUGGAGAGUUACCAGCAUUAUCUAAGGAUAAUUUAAAAGAAAUGACUACUUUAAUAGAAUACAAAGUGCCAGAAAUUCCAAUUCCAAUUUAUACAACAAAUGGAAAUCAAUGAAUUAAAUAUAUAAUUUGUGAUUAAUUAAAUUUUUUUGUAACUAU